CCCUCUCGCACCAGCUUUACCUUCACACCUUGACUGCACUUCACAGUCUGUGUGAACCUCAUCUGUCUCUGCACGACUACAGGGAAACUGACCGACUGGGUGAAAUAUGUUGUCUUGUACGGAGAUGAUCACCAUGUGCCUGCAGUCUGCCAAACAGAAGCAUCUCCGGGCUCAGCAGCAGCUGCCGCCGCCGCCGCCGAUGCACAGCCAUGGACAAGGGUUGACUCUCUUUCAUGAUAUUUUCCGCCGAGCAGACAAAAACGAUGAUGGCAAACUGUCAUUUGAAGAGUUCAAUGCCUACUUUGCGGAUGGAAUCCUGACCACGGAGGAGCUGCAGGAGCUUUUCUACUCCAUAGACGGCCGACAAAAUAACAAUAUGGACACUGGCAAGCUUUCAGAUUAUUUUGCUCAGCACCUGGGGGAGUAUCUCAACGUCCUUUCAGCUCUGGAGAGUCUGAAUGUUGCCAUUUUAAAGGCAAUGGAUAAAACUAAAGAGGAGUACCAGGGUUCCAGUGUGUUGGGCCAGUUCGUCACCAGGUUCAUGCUCAGAGAGACGUCCAGUCAGCUCCACUCUCUGCAGCGGUCACUGCAGUGUGCCAUGGAGGCUGUAGAAGAGCAGAGCAGCCCUGAACAGAGAGAGGUAAAGGCACCCGAGUUGACAGCAGUACAGAGGAACGGCAGGCGAUGUGGUCGGAGGAUCCAUAACAAUCUGUGCAUGUCCCCAUCAGAUCCCCGUCCUGGCAUUUUGACCACAAGCGUUAGCGGGGACGAUGGAGACAAGUGGUGUUCCCAAAUCAACAGGCUGCAGCAACUUCUGGAUAAACUGGAGUGUCAGAGUCCCAAAUUGGAGCCACUGAAGGAGGACACACUGACCAGCACAUACAAGUCUAACAUCCUGCUGGUUCAGAGGCAGAUGUCUGUGACGGAUGAAGAUGCGGACAAGUUCCCCAAAGUUCUGAAAAGCUACGUCGACGCCACUUCAGUCCACUCCGACAACCUGCACGUGUCCGUUCAGAAGCUCCUGGGAAAGUCCUGUUACAUAAUGUAUGAGUUCUGGCAAGACCACAUCUCCUGGAUGAGCUACCUGCAGUCCAACAGCAGUAAAGAUUUCCAGCGCUGUGUCAUUGACAUGUUAGAGGAAGCUGAGGUGGUGUCCACGAUGUUGCUCCCAGCUUCUUGGUGGAUCAUGACCAACAACUAAUGGCCAGGAUGUCACAUCCCUACUGCCUACACUGUCACAUGGACAAAGGCACACUGGCACUGCGACUCACCCACCCCCACACAAACACACACACAUUUAUCAACACACAUGCACGCAUUCACAGAGUAGAAUUCAAAAGACAUCCACGUUUGUUUGAAACCAAGCGGAGACAGAGAGAGAGAGUGGCGUCACCCAGCUUUUUUCUCCCCAGCAGCAUCUUUUAUUAUUCCUCUGUCUUCUGUCACUGCUCAUUACUGUGCCGCUCAUAUCAAAAGGGAUAAACUCUGUAGGCAAUCAGAAGACUUAAGAGUGACUGAUGCUCUGAAUGCGAGUUGUUUAUUAUUAUCAUCCUUAUUAUUAUCAUUAUUAUUAUUAUUAUUAGU